UUGGUCAAAACAAACUAUCAGACAUACAAAAACGUUUUCAGUUCACAGUGCCAGUAGUAGUUAUUUCAGAAUUUCAAGAACCGGGAUAAAUGUUUCAUAUUUCCAGUUGCUGACUAAAAGCAGGAUGCUCUUUACUCUUCUCCUGUGCUCCGUCUUUGCACAUGUCGGCUGUGACUCCUGCAGGUGCGUGACUUUGCCCUCUAAAGGUGUGCAUGUAAACUGCAGCUUGCAGGGCCUGAGGAACAUUCCUCACCUUCCUGCCCGCACCACAGAGCUGCUGCUGCAGAAUAACCUGCUGACCACCAUUACUCCAGGACAACUAGACAUGCUCCACAACCUCAGGCUGGUUAAUUUAUCCGGGAACCCUUUCCACUGUGACUGCCGUAUCCUGUACUUAAGACAAUGGCUGAAGAUGAAUAAAGCAGUGUCUGUGAUGCCAACGUGUGCCAGUCCUCCAGAACUUGCCCAAAAGUCCAUCGAUGAGCUGACCGAUGCUGAUCUCCCUUCCUGUGCUUCUGAUCAAUGCUCUGGAUUGGCUUAUAAUGCCAUCUUAUGCUCUCUGCUUUGCAUUCUCAUCGGUUUGCUGCUGUGGUGUGUGCAGCUAGCAAGAAACUCCACCUUCAUUCUGGGAAUUGAUGAGAGACACACUGGAUUUGAGGUGGAAUCUCUUCGAUCGCGCAAACCCAAACACAGAAUGAGGAUGAGGUACAGUAUUGGGUCAGGAACCGAUGACAUGGACAAGCCUUUACUCAACAUGGACAUUCUGCCUCAGAUACUGGACGUCCUGCACAAGCAACACAACAUUAAGAUUAAAGUACCAUGAAAAAAAAAA